AUGAAGGCAUUUCAUAUGUUGGGAUUAUGCAGGCGGUAUCACCUUUUGCUGACACUCAUUUUGAUGUGGAUCACCAGAGCGAAUUCGGGUGGUUUCAAAAUUGGAGUUUUAGGCCCGUGGGAUGACACGGGGUCGAACAUUUACCCACUCCUUGGGUCAAGGACAGUUGGGGCCGUCCCCUUGGCCUUGGAACACAUCAAAGAAGACGGUAUUCUGGGCGACCACAACGUUACUUUCACGUACCGCGACAGCAAGUGCGAGACGCGACGGGCGAGCGGGUCGGCCGUGGACUUGCACCUGAUCAACGACGCAGAUGCCUUCAUUGGACCGCCCUGCUCCGACCCCUGUCGUAGCGUCCGAGACCUCACUGCGUACUGGAAUAAACCGUUCGUCUCUUGGUUCUGCCCGGCCACCACGGCCGAUCCCCCUGACGACGAGUACCAAUCCUUCGCAAGAACUUAUGUGCCAUUCUCGCGCAUCUCGGAGCUACCUCUAAGUUUGAUAAAUCAUUACGAAUGGGAUUCGAUAUCGUUGGUGUAUGCGAAGAGCGGCACGUGGGAGGUGCUGAACGAAAAGAUGGUCCAUAGCAUGAUCAACUAUGGGGUUGAGAUCGCACAAAUAGAAGGAUAUGACAGACCUCUGAGCUUUGAGGCCGCAGUGUCUAUUUUAGAGAGUUUGAGGCUUGUCUCUCAUGUGAUAUGGCUCGUCAUCGGAGGAAUAACCACCCUGGAAAGUGACGAACAGAUUUUCAUGCUAGCUGCAGAUUACCUUGGAAUGGUGAACGGGGACCAAGUCUUCUUGCGUCUCGAGCUAUUUCCGGACCCCGGGUACGAAACGCCCUGGUCGCCCGUCAUCGUUCCCAAGAAUUUCACCACCACUAUCGAGCCCGGGGAAGACGCGUUGCGGAGGGCUUACGAAUCCAUGCUCAUCGUUACUUAUAGAUUACCCGACGACGGAAGAAUCGAGAAACUUUUUGAACGUAUCCCAGAUGCACUAGCCGAACCUCCUUUUGAGUAUAAGAUGCCGAACUACACAAAGGUUAGCAUCAUGUCGGCAUUUCUUUACGAUGCUGUACUUAUCUGUGCCCAUGCCGCUAUAUAUCAACUGGACACCCAUGAUGGAAACAUAGCGCCCAACUACACAAGAGGAAAUAUAACAUUCGAAGGUAUGACUGGCUACGUCACGCUUGAUAGUUCCGGCGACAGAGUAGCCAACUUUUCACUUCUUGAUUUGAAGGAAGGGACUAGUUUUGAAGCCGUUGGUUACAUCAGUGGGCUACAGCUGGACUAUGAGCCAAUAGCCGGAGAGGAGAUAUCAUGGCCUGGUGCACUGAUACCAAGAGAACCCAAAUGUGGCUACAAUGGAGAAAAAUGCCUUGAUAGCGGUAUCGUUACGGCAAUAGUCGUCGGGUCGGUCUUAACGUUAGUGGUGAUAAUGAUCAUUCCUUACAUAAGUUUUAAGUACAGAAAGUAUAUUUAUCGGAAAGACUGGCAGAUUGAAAUAGAGGAGCUAACAUUCCUGUCGAUGCAACAAAGCAGUCUAGGGGUCCAAGGUACCCCUUCAAUGUGCCGUCUGCCCAAUGUCUCAGGCCGACUCCUUAGCCAACAGACAUUGACGGGCCGCUCGGUCCACCAAGAAAACGCGGGAAAAGCACUUGGUGAAAUUAAGGAACCCGACUAUCAGUUGGCCAAGUACAAAUCAGAGACUGUUCUUUUGAGGAAAGCAGUUAUGGGUAACACGUUGAGCUUGAACAAGACUACGAAGAAAGAACUUAAAGAGAUGCGAUGGUUGGUCAACGAGAAUCUGACUCGAUUUGUUGGGGUAUGUUUCCCCACGCGAGGUGGCAACGAUUUCUACUACAUUUCCGAGUACUGCCCAAAGGGAAAUCUUAAGAACAUACUGGCCAAUGAUGACAUUAAACUAGACCUCAGCUUCAAAGUGUCCUUCAUUAAAGAUCUAGCAAGGGGAAUGCAGUUUCUCCACAACACUGUGAUCAAGUCGCAUGGUCUACUCUGCUCAAAUCUUUGCUACUUAGACAGCCGGUGGGUCCUCAAAAUUGCGGGUUUCGGAGUCGUCUCCUUCCAUAUGUCAAAAGGAACGGGGGAGAAGAUUGUUGACCCAGAAGCUAGAUUCGGAAAGCUCCUCUGGACAUCCCCUGAGCUGCUUCGCCACGAACUUCCAACCAAGGGAUCACAAAAGGGGGAUGUAUAUUCUUUUGGCGUCUUGAUUGAGGAGAUUUUAAGUCGAUCGACUCCAUAUCAGGAAGCUGAAUUGUCUUCUAAAGUUAUCAUUCGCCGCGUUAUGAAGCGCGAAGAGCCCCCAUUCCGUCCGCAGAUGACGGCCAGCACAGACGAUUGGUUAUCGACCCAACUGCCCCAGUCAGACGGCACGGUGUCCCGUCUCACUGAGCUCAGGACACACUGCUGGGAGGAGCACCCCGAAGACCGGCCGGACUUUAAUGUCAUCAGGCACCGUCUGAGGGCCAUGGAUAAAAAGGGAAAAGAAUCGAACCUGAUGGACAGUAUGGUUGAAAAAAUGGAAAAAUAUACUGAGAAUUUGGAGCAUGUGGUAGCCAGCAGGACGGCUCAACUUCUCGAGGAGAAAAAGAAAACCGAUGCCUUACUGUAUAGGAUGUUACCACAAGCCGUAGCGGAUGAGCUUAAGAAAGGGCAUUUAUUUCCUGGGGAAUAUUACGAGCAAGUGACACUGUACUUCAGUGAUAUCGUUGGAUUUACUGAACUAUCAGCCAUGAGCACCCCCAUGGAAGUAGUGGACUUCCUCAAUGAUCUUUAUACUUGCUUUGAUGCCAUCUUGGAAACAUUUGAUGUCUAUAAGGUGGAGACCAUAGGCGAUGCGUACAUGGUUGCCAGUGGUUUACCCCGCCGUAACGGUAACAAACACGCCUCGGAGAUUGCCAGUAUGGCUCUCGCUGUCAGAGAAGGGGUCAAGAGUUUCAAAGUUCGUCAUCUACCAGAAAGAAAAGUACAGAUCAGAAUUGGAAUCAACUCAGGCUCGGUGGCUGCAGGCGUUGUCGGACUAAUGAUGCCCAGGUUCUGUCUGUUUGGUGACACGGUCAACACCGCAUCACGUAUGGAAUCGCAUGGGAUGCCACAACGCAUUCAUGUCAGCUGGAGUACAGCAACACUGCUCACCAACAUCGGUGGGUACCUGCUGGAGGUCAGAGGUCAGAUGAAGAUUAAGGGCAAAGGAAUGAUGACUACGUUUUGGCUGCUAGGGAAGGAUGAACAGUUUAGUGCCACACUUCAAGAUGGCAUUCACUCAGUCAAGAAAAUAUCAACAGAUACGGUCAUAAGCGAGGACAGUCUGCUAUCGCCAUCCAACAACGACUUACAAGACGUCUCAAAAGACUCUCUCAUCGUAUGUCGAGUCCCUGAAGAAGAGAUCCCUUCUGAGUUAGGUUCUGAGCCCUCAUCAUCCUCAGCUUCGUCUCCAAGAAAACGCCGGAUGGGAAACGGAAAUGCAAACCAUGACUUUUCGCAACGAGAUAGUACUGAUAUUCUAAAGACGUCAGGCUCAAGCAGCCCAAGAAACUCCACUAAUGGCGUUAAAGGUACCAGAGCACCUCAGUGUAGUGACAUCGCAACAGCAGGCGAAACAUCAGACAUGAACACAAAAAACAAUGACAUCACAACAGAAAACUGUGGCAUCAUCAGGUCAACAAGUGCCGACCUUACCUUAAGAGAUGGCGAGUACGUAAGAACACAUAAAUGUGUCGUCGUUCGAACACUAAGUGGUGAAUUUGUUAAGUCGCCCUUUGAGAGUCCCUCACCACGCGUUGACAAAGAGUUAACAAACAUGCCGAAUGUACCGAGUUUACCCGACAUCACGAUUAACGACGACUCGCCGAGCGAAAAGCAGCGAAACUCCGUCUUUAAAUACACAGUCCCACUUCCACAGUUACUGAGUGAGAUUUCAAGCACAGCGCAAGAGUCACCACCUGUUAAAAGAACCGAGUUCAACCGCAACACAGACUUGAAAUGA